UGCGGCUGUGGGCGGAAGCGCCGCGCGCUGGCCAAGAUGGCGGCGGGGAUGUACCUGGAGCACUACCUGGACAGUAUUGAGAACCUGCCAUUUGAAUUGCAGAGAAACUUCCAGCUCAUGCGAGAUCUGGAUCAGAGGACAGAAGACCUCAAGUCGGAGAUCGAUAAGUUGGCCACAGAGUAUAUCAGCAAUGCACGAACUUUGUCUUCAGAGGAAAAACUGGGGCUUCUCAAGCAAAUCCAGGAGGCCUAUGGGAAGUGCAAGGAGUUUGGGGACGACAAGGUUCAGCUGGCUAUGCAGACCUACGAGAUGGUGGAUAAGCACAUCCGGCGGCUGGACACAGACCUCGCUCGCUUUGAAGCAGACCUGAAGGAGAAGCAGAUAGAGUCGAGUGACUACGACAGUUCUUCCAGCAAGGGCAAGAAGAAGGGCCGAGCCCAGAAAGAGAAAAAAGCUGCCCGUGCUCGCUCUAAAGGGAAGAACUCUGAUGAGGAAGCGCCAAAAACUGCCCAAAAGAAACUGAAACUUGUCCGCACUAGCACAGAGUAUGGGAUGCCUUCAGUCACCUUUGGAAAUGUGCACCCUUCGGAUGUACUGGAUAUGCCCGUGGACCCCAAUGAGCCUACUUACUGCCUCUGCCACCAGGUCUCCUAUGGGGAGAUGAUUGGCUGCGACAACCCAGAUUGUUCCAUUGAAUGGUUUCAUUUUGCCUGUGUGGGUCUGACAACAAAACCAAGAGGAAAAUGGUUCUGCCCUCGCUGUUCGCAGGAGAGGAAGAAGAAGUAAAUUCCCGUGAAACCUCAGAAGUGCUGCAGGAGCUCUCUUCCCCCUGCCAGGGCCUCGUCCCAGUUCCCCCAGCCCUUGGGGCCUUGGCUGAGGGGGAGUCUUGCCCUGUUUGUGGUUUGGGCCAUCCCUGGAAUGGUGUGUACCCUCACGGUGGUUCCUGUGUGUUCUGUUUCCCGGGUUGCUUCCAAGUCCCUAAGGGAGGACUUCUCUGUGUACUAUUCCAAACAGGUCCCUGAACCUCAAAGGGAAUGAAUGAGGGCACCAGGGUAGCCACCAGAUUCCCAGGGAUUCAGGUAGCCCCUGAUUUUCCUUGGCUUUCCUUCAGCCUCCUCAGAGUUCAUUGCCUACUCUGUGCUUAGAGAACAAGGCUAUGGGAUGGGGGAAGGAAAGGAGGUAAGUCUUCAGCAUUUUAGGUCAUUGAUUUUCCUGGAUCUUUUUCAGGAGAGAGGGAGUAACCAGGCUACUUCUUAAUCUAGUGGGCUGGUUGAGAGACUGAAAACCUGAUACGCUCCCUGUCUUUAACCAUUCCAUUACUGGCAUUGAGCAGCCUCUUUUGUUGGGGAGAAGUGGAGGGAGUGUUUAGAGCUAGCUUUGUCUCCCUUAUUCCUGGGGUAACUGCUGGUCUGGGAAGCACACUGUGGGAAGGAGGAAGAAUUUCUAACCACAUGGGGAGAAGUGGCUUGGUCUAGCCUGUCUUCCGACUCCAAAAUUCUGCCUUCCUUUUGUGCAGUGGUGCUUCUCCAUUAUGUUGAUGGUGGAAAGUUUGGGGAUUCAGAUCCCACUUGUGUAAAACAGAAUGAAAUAAAAUUCAUUGAAACAAA